AGUAGUACUUCAACAUCAAGCCCAUCAGUUUCAUUAUUCAAAUGGCUUUGGCUCGUUUGGCUCUGAAAAAUUUGCAGCAAAUGGUGUCUACUUCCUCUUCCUUGAUAAGCCAUGGUGGUGUGCACCAGCACAAGCGAAGGUGGGGCAAUGAAAUGCUCAAAAGGUUUGCUACUGCAGCCAGUGAUAUGGGGAGAUCUGAAGGCAGUGAAGUUGCUGUCUCUGAAGGGAAAAAAUCUAAUAGGUUGUUUCCUAGAAGGAGGGGUAGAAGAUGGCUUUGGAGAAACAAUGACCGUGACUUUUCUCCUGCUCUUUAUGAAUUCUUUCCUUCAGGCCUGGGGAAUGCACUUAUGCAAGCAAGUGAGAACAUCAACAGGUUGUUUGAGAAUAUGAAUUUGACACCUUGGUCUCUGAGUGGGCGUGUGAAAGAGAGGGAUGAUCACUACAAACUGCGGUAUGACAUGCCAGGGAUUGCCAAGGAGGACUUGAAGAUCACAAUUGAUGAUGGGGUGUUGAGUAUAAAGGGAGAGCACAAGGAAGAGAAAGAGGAAGGAGAUGAUGAUGAGUAUUGGUCAUCAAGUAGUUAUGGUUACUAUAAUACAAGCCUCCUCCUACCUGAUGAUGCUAGGGCUGAUGACAUUAAGGCUGAGUUGAAGGAUGGUGUCCUAACUGUGACCGUUCCUAGGACUGGCAAACCCAAAAAGGAUGUCAAGCAAAUCACUGUACAAUGA